AUGGCUUGGGCGGGCCCGGAAGAUAUCUACCUCUCCACUUCUCUUGCUAGUUAUCUUGAUAAAAAACUUCUUGUAUUACUCCGAGAUGGCCGGAAACUACUGGGGAUACUUCGUUCCUUUGAUCAAUUUGCUAAUGCUGUUCUAGAAGGUGCAUGUGAGCGUGUUAUUGUUGGUGAUCUAUAUUGCGACAUACCAUUAGGUUUGUAUGUAAUCCGUGGGGAAAAUGUUGUCUUGAUUGGGGAGCUGGACUUGGAGAAGGAGGAGCUCCCCUCUCAUAUGACUCGUGUGGAAGUAGCAGAGAUAAAGAGGGCACAAAAGGCCGAAAGGGAUGCUUCGGAGCUCAAGGGCACAAUGAAAAAGAGAAUGGAUUUUCUCGACAUGGAUUGA